AUGGAGGUCCAAAAUUUAAAUGAAAUUAAGCUUGGCAAGCUUGUAGGAAAAUUGAAAACCUAUGAGAUGGAAUUGAAUAUGGAAGAAAAUGACUCCAAAAAAUCAAAAAAUGUUGCACUUCAAGGAGUGCAUGUUUCCUCUCCGAAAGGUGGUGAUAAAUCCUCAGGUUUUGAGGAUGAGAUGGCCUUGUUUGUCAAAAAAUUUAGGAGAAUUCUUAAGGAUAAGGGAAAGUUUGCUAGAGAGGGCAGCUCUGGUAGUGAGAAAAAUUUUAGACCAUCAAUUGAUCGGUUUAAUGAGAGGAAUAAGGAUGUCAAACCUUUCACGAAAGAUUUUAGAAAAUCUGUCAAGUGCUUCACAUGUGGAGGCAUUGGACACUAUGCUGCUGACUGUGCAAACAAUCAGAAAAAAUACUCCAAAGGAAAGGACAAGGCCAUGAAAGUGAGCUGGAGUGAGAGUGAAAGUGAAGGCUCUCAAGAUGAUUCAUCUUCCUCUGAUGAUGAUGACCAACAUGUUGCCUUUGUUGCCUCUGUACAGCCCAUGUCUGAUGAAUCUGAUUCUGAGUCAGAUGACCUGUCAUACGAGUCAUUAGGAAGAAAAUAUGAUUGUUUGUUUAAAGAGACCUUGUCCUUGAAAGAAGAGAGCCUCAAACUUGAGGCAAAUAAACAAGAUCUUCAACAUGAAAUUCUCAUCUUAAAAGAAACCAAAAAGGAGUUGAGUGACAAAUUUGAGUCUCUAGAAAAAGAAAUUGAUGCUCUUGUGUCAAUUAGGAGUAACCUCGAGAACCAAGUUAAUGUGCUCAAGGAAAGUAACAUUGGUUUCCAGAACUCAAACAAACAGCUCCUAGGUGAAUUGAAUGAAGCAAAUAGGAAGAUUAUAUCUAUGACCAUUGGUGCAUCAAAAAUUGACAAAAUGUUGAAUAUGGGAAAACUUCAUGGGGACAAAGGUGGUCUUGGAUUUAAUCACUUUGGUUCUAGUUUGUCUAGUUCUACCACUAAGUUUGUCAAAUCAGAAAAUCCAGUCACGAUUCCUCUUGAUGUUCAGCAGGUUGUCAAGAAACCUAAGUUUGUUCCAACUUGUCACAGGUGUGGGUUGACUGGUCAUAUUCGACCAGUCUGUCAUAUGUAUAGCAAAGAUAAGACCAGAAAAUUGUCUCCAAAAUCUAAAAGGAAUCCCAGAUCUUUGCAAGAUCAAGUUGAUCAUUUGCUGAAUGAGGUCACUAAGAUAGCCAAACUUGUCUCCCUCAAAAUGAGUUCUCCUAUUGUGCCUAAGUCUACUUGGAUUGCAAGAGGUCAUACCAAAUCUCUUGUUGUGCUAAAUGCUUUUGCUGCUUCAAAUAUCAACUCUUGGUAUUUUGAUAGUGGUUGUUCCAAACAUAUGUCUGGAGAUAAAAAUGUUUUCUCAUCUCUCAGCCCCUUUGAUGGAGGCACUGUGACUUUUGGUGGAGGUCAUAGAUCUCAAGUUGUUGGAAAAGGUACUGUUUGUAUCCCUGGUCUGCCCGAGCUUAAGAAUGUUAGAUUUGUUGAGGGUCUCACAUCCAAUCUCAUUAGUGUGAGUCAGCUGUGUGAUGAUGGAAUAGUAGAAGUCAGAUUCUCCAAGCAUGGCUGCAAAAUCAUUGGAAAAGGUGGAAAUGAGAUUGUGAGCGUGGCAAGGUCUAGGGACAAUUGCUUCUGCAUUGAUGGUGUCAACGAUGCAAAAGAAAUAGUUUGCAACAAGGUUGUAAAUGAAACAAGUAUUUUGUGGCAUCAAAGGCUUGGACAUGUUAAUUUUAGAGACUUGCAUAAAUUGUCCAAGAGAGAGCUAGUAAGUGGCUUACCAAAGCUGGAAAAAUCUGAUGAGCAUGUUUGUGAAGGAUGUCAAUUAGGCAAACAAGUCAGAGUGUCACACAAAAAGGUCAAACACAUUCAAACAAAUGUAAUUCUAGAACUUGUUCACAUGGACCUUGUUGGUCCUAUUCAAACCGUGUCCCUUGGUGGAAAGAAAUAUAUUCUUGUCAUGGUUGAUGAUUUCUCUAGGUUUACUUGGGUCUCAUUUCUACGUGAGAAAUCUGAAACUUUUCAAAGGUUUAAGUCUGUUUGUCAUCUUUUGCAAAAAGAGAAGAUGACCAGUCAUCUGCCUCUUGUUAGAAUUAGAACAGACCAUGGCUCUGAAUUUGAGAAUUCUCAGUUUCUGAAAUUUUGCGAAGAGAUGGGAAUUAAACAUGAGUUCUUUGCACCUAUUACACCUCAGCAAAAUGGUGUUGUGGAGAGAAAGAAUAGAGUGCUUGUAGAGAUGGCAAGGGUGAUGCUAAAUAGCAAAAAUCUUGCUAAACACUUUUGGGCUGAAGCUGUCAAUACAGCUUGUUACAUCUCAAACAGGGUAUUUGUGAGGUCUGGUACCAAACAAACUCCCUAUGAGAUUUGGAAAGGAAAGAAGCCUAAUGUGUCAUAUUUUAAGGUCUUUGGUAGCACAUGCUAUAUUUUGAGAGAUAGGGAGCAUCUUGCUAAGUUUGAUUCUAAGUGUGAUAAGGGAAUCUUUCUAGGGUAUUCCACUUCUAGCCGAGCCUAUAGAGUGUACAAUUGUAGGUCCAGAACCAUCAUUGAAUCCAUAAAUGUCACUAUUGAUGAUUUUGCUGCCUCUAUAGAGAUGGCAUUAGAUGAGGAUGGUCUUUUUCCUCUUCCUCCACUUGAGCAAGAAUCUCCAGGUCUGGAUCUUGUGGUUGACCUGUCAACUUUUGAAAAUUCUGUCCCGGUUGACCUGUCAACCCCUUCAACUUCUAGUUCCAUCUCCUCUGUCCAAGCUGACAGCUCUCAUACUGAUCAUAGUUCUCUCAUUCCAUCUGCGAGUGUCAUUAUUGGCCCUCUUAAUCAGGGAGUGAGAACUAGGAAACAACUUGCUCAAGAAAUUAGCCAUGUGUGUUAUGUUUCCAAGGAAGAGCCUAGAAAUGUGAAAGAAGCCUUGCACCAUGGUGAAUGGUUUCUUGCAAUGCAGGAAGAAUUAAAUCAAUUUGUGAGAAAUGAUGUUUGGUACCUUGUUCCAAGACCAGUCCACACAAAUGUCAUAGGCACUAAGUGGAUUUUCAAGAAUAAAACCGAUGAACAAGGUAAUGUGGUGAGAAAUAAGGCUAGAUUGGUUGCUCAAGGAUACACUCAAAUGGAAGGCAUUGACUUUGAUGAAACUUUUGCCCCGGUUGCACGAUUAGAAUCAAUUAGAUUGCUUCUUGCCAUUGCUUGUCAUUUGAAAUUUAAACUUUAUCAAAUGGAUGUCAAAACUGCCUUCUUGAAUGGUGUCCUAAAUGAAGAGGUCUAUGUUGAGCAGCCAAAGGGUUUUGAAGAUCCACAUCAUCCAAAUGAUGUGUUUCGGUUAAAAAAGGCUCUCUAUGGUUUGAAACAAGCUCCUAGAGCAUGGUAUGAGAGGUUAUCCUCUCAUCUUCUAGGAAAUGGGUAUGUUCGAGGGUCCGUUGAUAAAACAUUGUUUGUGAAAAGGUUUAAAAAGGAUGUCUUGAUUGCUCAAGUGUAUGUUGAUAUUGUGGUUGGUUCUACCUCUGAUUUGCAUGUUCAAGAUUUUAUUCAUGUCAUGACUAGUGAAUUUGAAAUGAGUCUUGUCGGAGCCAAAUCUGCAAGAACUCCAAUGAGCACUAGUGCUAAGAUUCAUAGAGACUUGCAUGGCAAAAGUGUGGAUCAAACUCUCUAUAGAAGCAUGAUAGGAAGUCUUCUCUACUUGACUGCUAGUAGACCUGACAUUUCUUUUAGUGUUGGUGUAUGUGCUCGGUUUCAAAGUGACCCAAAAGAGUCUCACUUGUUUGCUGUUAAGAGAAUUAUAAAAUAUGUGAGUGGGACUAGUGAGUUUGGGUUGUGGUAUACCUAUGACACUUGUGUCAAUCUUGUUGGGUAUAGUGAUGCCAAUUGGGCAGGUUGUAGUGAUGAUAGGAAAAGCACUUCCGGGGGGGUUUUCUAUGUAGGCAACAAUCUUGUUGCUUGGCAUAGCAAAAAACAGAAUUCUGUCUCCUUAUCCACUGCUGAAGCAGAGUAUGUUGCCGCUGGGAGUUGUUGUACUCAACUCCUUUGGAUGCGACAAAUGUUGGAAGACUAUGGUCUUGCUCAAUCAUGUUUUCUAAUCUAUUGUGACAACAUGAGUGCCAUAGAUAUUUCAAAAAAUCCUGUUCAACACUCUAGGACUAAGCAUAUCGACAUUCGGCACCAUUUUAUUAGAGAUCUUGUGGAAGACAAAAUUUUUUCUUUGGAAUUUGUUCCCUCUGAAAAACAGCUAGCAGAUAUACUCACCAAGGCCUUGGACUUUCAGAAACAUGGUACACUGAGGCAAUCCAUUGGCCUUUGUUCCAUUGAUUGA